UUUUACACCACCUCCUCCCCUUCCACUUGUGUCAACUUCCACCACCGCCUCCUCAUUCUGUUAUUUCAUCCUCCUCCCUCUCCAUCCAUCUCCUCUCCACCACCACCUCCUCAACUUGUUGCGUCACCUCCACCACCUCGACCUGUCUCAUCUCAGCCACCGCCACCUCCUCAACUUGUUACGCCUCCUCCUCCCCCUCCAUCCAUCUCACCUCCACCACCACCACCGCCUCGACUUGUUACACCUCCUCCUCCCCUUCCAUCCAUCACACCUCCGCCACCACCACCUCCUCGACCUGUUACACCACAUCCUCCCCCUCCUACUGUCUCGCUUCCACCACACCUCCUCCCCUCCCGCGUAUUUCACCUCCACCACCACCACUUCCUCGCCCUAUAGGCCACCCACUCCCAUCCACGGUCUCACCUCCACCACC